AUGUCAAAUUCUCUGAAACAUACCCGUACCGUGUCUUUACAAGCUCUUAGAAAUGCUUACCAAAAAACUAAAAAUAGUGAUUUUGCUAAAGAGCUAUUGUUGGCUGGUGGUGCUUUUGUAGGAGUUUUAGGAUAUGCAAAGAUUAAUGGAAAAUUAAAUCAAAAACCAACAGAAACUUUCGCCAAUCAAAGAGAAUACACUGCUCCACAAAAGAGUACAUUCCCCCAAAUUUUACAACAAUACUCGAAUAAUUACUUCAAGAAUCAAGCGAAGUUUGGUGAAACUUUUAAAGAAAAUAUUAAGAUGCAGCGUUAUAAUUCUCAAGUUGAGCAACAUGCUAAUCGUAUGAAAUUUGGCAAUUUAAAAGACUAUAAAUUGGAGAAAGAAGAUUCUGUCCCAGAAUCAGAGAAUCAUUUGCCCCAGAAUCAAUUUGCAACAUAUGUUAAGGAACAGGAUGAAUUAAAAAAAGAAGUAAUUCGUUAA